GAACUGCCAAACUUUUCCCAAGUGGCUGUCCCAGUUUAUAAUCCUCCACAUUGUAAGUUGUUUAUUUUUUGAAAGAACCUUGGUGCAUGCCAGAAAUUGUCAGUAAAAUCAUAAAUAGAAGGAGGCCCGGAGAACCUAGGCCUUUCCACGCUGUGCUGCCCCCCGAGCUCUGGAUGCACCUGGCCGUGGUGGCCUGUGGCAGCCGGGUGGAGGAGACGCUGGUCAUGCUCAAGUCAGCCGUGCUGUUCAGCCACAGGAAGAUCCAGUUUCACAUCUUCACCGAAGACUCGCUGAAGCCUGAGUUUGAUAAGCAGUUACGACAGUGGCCUGACUCAUAUACGAAGAAGUUUGAGCACAGAAUCUACCCCAUCACGUUCUCUGUGGGAAACUCUCAAGAAUGGAAGAGAUUAUUCAAACCCUGUGCUGCCCAGAGACUCUUUCUUCCGGUGAUUUUAAAGGAUGUGGACUCCCUUCUCUAUGUGGACACUGACGUUCUCUUUCUGAGACCUGUUGAUGACAUCUGGAAGCUUCUGGGGCAGUUUAAUUCUACACAGCUUGCGGCCAUGGCCCCUGAGCACGAAGUCCCGAAGAUCGGCUGGUACAGCCGCUUUGCCCGGCAUCCUUUCUACGGUCCUGCGGGCGUCAACUCGGGAGUCAUGUUGAUGAAUUUAACUCGGAUAAGAAGCACCCAGUUCAAGAACAGCAUGAUUCCAACGGGCUUGGCUUGGGAGAACAUGCUGUACCCUCUAUACCAGAAGUACAAGAAUGCCAUCACGUGGGGAGACCAGGACUUAUUAAAUAUUAUUUUUUAUUUCAACCCAGAGUGUCUCUACGUAUUCCCCUGCCAGUGGAACUACCGUCCUGAUCACUGCAUGUAUGGGAGCAACUGCAAGGAGGCUGAGCGAGAGGGCGUGUCUGUCCUGCAUGGGAACCGGGGCGUGUACCACGAUGACAAGCAGCCAUCCUUCAGGGCGCUCUAUGAGGCCAUUCGGGAUUUUCCCUUUCAAGACAAUCUCUUUCAAUCCAUGUAUUACCCUCUCCAGCUGAAGUUUUUGGAAACUGUGCACACUCUUUGUGGACGAAUCCCACAAGUUUUCCUGAAGCAAAUUGAGAAAACAAUGAGAAGGGCCUAUGAGAAACACGUCAUCAUCCAUGUGGGACCGAACCACAGACGCUGAGUAUGUUGUCUUGUUGAAGCCAAUUAGACGUCUUGUGACCCAGGAAACAUUAGUUUUUAUGCUGCCUGGAUCUUCUUUGUGUGAAUAUUUAGUCGUGCUCCAUGGCUAUUGAGUUUGAAAAGCCUUGUUAAAUUGUGCUAAAUGAGUUGCCCCUAAAGGAGAAUAUGCCUUUCUUUAAUUUUUUUCUAAAAUCUUACUUAUUUCUGUUUUGGCAAAGAAUAAAAUAACCUAUAAUUAUGCAUUUAACAUUGCUCCAGCAGGAUAAGCUCACAGUGACAAAGAAGUUUUGAGGGCCUUCGGGUGUUAUAUUUAUCUGGCAUUCCUGAGACUCUUUCUAUACAAUUGACUCCCUCACACCCUUGUUUUAAAAUCAGUACAUUUUAGUCAGUGGACCAAAAUCAAGAUCAGAUCAAUCAUACUUCUACCAACCUGUAUUUUACUGUAUUUCCUUCUAGCCUCCUUUUCCCGGCUACCUCUGUAUUUCUUAUUAUAACACUUAUUUAAAACAGGCAGUUUCACUAAAAGUAGGUCGCUACCCUGAUAUUAUUAUUAUUUUUUUUUUAUGUAGGGGACUAAAAGUUUGACGAGAUGAUGAUGUGUACAGUGCUUUACUUACAGUAUCUUGGGGAGAAGCAUUCAGAUUCAGCUAAUUGGACAGUGUUAAAAGAUGAAGCAUGGAUCCGAGGGCAUUUCUAAAGAAAAUUGUUUUAGAUUUGAAAAGGACUAAAUCCUAAGAAAUUUCUAUGCAACAAAAACAUCUGAAAGGAAACUUCAAUAAUUUUAUCAAGCCCAAGGAAUUUCUUUAGCAAAGAGAUGUGAUUUUAUUUGUCCUCAGACAAAAACACUUGAUCCCGUAAGUCCUCACUAUGUGUGAUUAUUUCUCUUCUUUGAACUCUUAGGCAGUGGGUAAAAAUCAAUCAAAGACCAGCUUCAGAUUUAAUGUGUUCAAAGUAAAUAGUGCAGCUAAUUCCAUUACCAAGAAAAUCCAACUUCUUACCAGCCUUAGAAAGGUCUCUUUCUUCUAGGGUUACUCAACUGUUAGCCAAGAAACUUUGCAGGUCUUAUCACCUAGAGACAGAAGAGGAAGUUCUAUAUUCUAUUCCCCAGAGGGACCUGAUUUAAUCCCUGGUUGCUCAGAAGAUUGGUAUCAACAUAGGGGCAUUUUGCAUACUUUGUUUAUCUCAAAUAACUUUUGCAUAAAUGACCUCUUUGAUGUUUCCAACAGCCCAGUGAACUUAGUAGGGAUCUCAGUCAUCUCCAUUAGGUAAAUAAAGAAAUUGUAACAUAAAAAACUGAACACACUAUCAUUGCUUUGCUUUUUUCAUUUUUUUUGCCUUUCUUUCUUUCUUUCUGCUUUCCUUCCUCCCUCCU